AUGUCUCGGUUUGAAGUGACACCUGUUUCCCAACAAUCGUUUGAUGGCAUCAGUUCUCAGCCGCCAUCUAAUCGAUUAUCACCUAAUAAAGGACCCGUGAAAUCAAUAUUAAAACAUACCGUUUCGUUCACAUAUUCUCCACACGCGACCGUCACUCUCACAGCACAAGAUUCUCGUCUGAGGCAUGCGUUUGAAAAUAUAUUCUUCAAAAGUCUUAAGCUUCAGGACGCGAAUCCCGAUAAGAACGGAAAGUCUGAAAAGUCUGAGAUUAUGGUUUCCGGCCAUCCAUUACACCGAAGGGUCCAAUUACCGAAGGAAAGGGUGAUAGACAUGUCUCAGGAGGAACAGGCGGCCUGGGAAGAGGAUCAGCUCAACUCAAUUGUGGACUUCUCAACGUGUCACAUGUCUCAGGAGGAACAGGCGGCCUGGGAAGAGGAUCAGCUCAACUCAAUUGUGGACUUCUCAACGUGUCGUAUAGAUCCGGCGCCCUUUCAAUUGGUUGAGAAAACAACUUUACUUAAAGUCUACUCAAUAUUCUCGAUGUUAGGCCUAAAUCACGCUUACGUCACAUCAAUCGGACGAUUAGUCGGAGUUGUGGCCCUUAAAGAUGUAUGA